CAUCCAUAUCAUCAUCAAAGCUUUCUUCAAAUCUUUCAAAAACCCCAUCUUCCCAAGAUGAAGUUCUCCAUCGCAAUCUCCAGCCUCGUCGCUGCCGUCUCGGCCGUGGACCUAUACUUCCACAGCAACAACGACUGUGGAGGUAGCGGCGUGAUCUGCCGCGACGCGAACCCCAACUGGUGCUGCAGCGGGACCGGAAGAUCCGUCGCCGUCCGUGGCAUCCCCUCGGGCUGGGCCCUCCAGUGCAGGGGCUACUCCGGCGCUGGUUGCAGUACUCUCAUGACCAUCUCGGGGAAUAACGGCAACCCGUGGAUCUGCAACCGCUCCAACGGGUUCCAGUACACCGGCGUGGGCUACAACUUUGUUGGCCGGAAGCGGGACGAGUCUGACCCUGAGUACGACGACUCCAAUUGCCAGAGGGCGGAUGUCCUGGUGCUGGCUGAUGGCACUGAGUAUGACCUCGCCGGGCUGGAGGAGGAUGUGUACCAGCAAUUCGUGGAAAUUGGUCUCAAUGCGACUGGGCCUGCGGAUCUGCCAGGGGACUUGCAGACACUCCUGAUCAGCAAGGAGUAGGUGAUGACGGAAUCACCAGAAUUCCGCACCGAGAUUGCAGUGACAAUUGUUAGGUGAAGGCUCGUCUUUUGCUCUAAAAUUGGGCUUGUAUGGGCUCGUGUAUUGGUGUCUAGCUUCGAU